UCUAAAUCCAACAUAACUGUAUCAGCCAAAAAUGAACUCUUCGCGCUCUUCUAUGGCGUCGCCGUCGAUUCCUUUUAAAUCAAAGAAACCACUCCAAUCAACCCCAAAAUCCAAAUCCGCCGCCGCUGCAAACCCAAUUACCACCCAAACACCGGACAAGCCUCCGGUGGGUCUCUCUUCCCGCCUCAGGAACAGCCGGGUAGCUCUAACGGUAAAAGAGGUGCGUAGAGUUGCUCAAGGUACUCGAGAUCCACCCCUCAGUAAUCAGACUGACCAGAUCGUCAAAUCCGCCCGACGACAGAUCUCGUCUUGGCCCGAGGAAUCAUCAACCUGCAAGUCGCACAGGCAACGCAAUGCUACCGUUGAUGAAGGCUCCGCUAAGAUUCCGGCGGAGUAUGAGAUGUUGGGUGAGUUUUUCGAUAGCUUGGACAGUACAAUUCGAUUGUUGCGAUUAAAGGGUUCAACGUCUACUUUCACUAAUAUUAGCCCCAAAAUCGAGUGUUUAACGGACAGGAGAUUUUCUCAUCGACAUUUGGCUCAACUGAAGUAUAUAUUACCCGAAGCGAUUGAAAUAAAGAGGGUACUCAUGUUUGAUGAGCGAACUAGUUGUAUGAAGCCAGAUCUUCAUGUAACUGUAGACGUUGAUGCAAUUGAAUCUGAUGAGAAUUUGAAAUCAGAAAGUAAUAAGAAUCUUCAUCUGAGGAAGGUCUUUCGUGCUCGUCUUGCAGAUUUUUAUAAAGCUCACCCUGAGGGUGAUGAAAUUCCUGAAGCUAUGCUGCCCGAGCCAUUUAAUCGAUCAAAGCAACCUGCAGUGGAGAGUAAUACACUUGAGACUAAUGUAAAUGUAGGCCAUGGAUCCAACUCCUCAUCCCCAGUAGAGACCGGGACACUUGAGAAACAUCAACCAGCCGCAGUGGCAUCUCAUUUGUCGCAAUCUUUCAAGAAGCGCUUCUCCCAGAAAGUUGCAAAAAGUGAAUCAGAAAAUGCUUGUAUUUAUUCUCCAAUGACUUGCUCGCGGCAAUCAAUUUCCCCAGUUCUGGAGGAAACUAGCUUGUCUGAGCCAUCCCUAAUUACUGUGUCAUCUGAAUUAACUGAUGGUAACAAAGAUUCAACAUUUUGUAAUUCUUCAAUUGGUGAGCCUAUGGCCUGCCUCCUUGCAACUCCUUGCAAGGACAUGGACUCCAUAAAUUGUCGUGAUAGUUCUGCUGAAGAAAUAGCUAGCUUUCAGUCAACUCCUGCUAAACUUGCUUCAACCCCGGCUGCAUUGAAAUCUGCAACGCCUGCAUUGCGACCUCCAAAAAGGUGUUAUAUGAGCCCAGAUGAGGAUUCUUCUAGCUUAGCGGACAAGUUAGUUAGGCGACCGCCACGAGCUAGGUCCUUGAAUUUUGAAACUCCUGUGAAGAAUGUUAAGAAUGAACUCAAUGGAAUGGAGAAUGUAUCAGCUGAUAAUCAUGAUGAUGAUGAUGAUGAUGAUGAUAUUUUGAAUAUCCUUCCUGAGAGUCUUCUGCAAUCGAUAAGAGAAAAGGAAAGAAAAGUCCAAGAAGAGCGUGAUCCAGCCAUCUCACUAGCAAAGAGGAGGCGACAGAUGGUUGCCUGCUUGCCUAAGCUAUUCAACGUGAUUCAUUUCUUGUUUCAGUCAAUAAAUCGAUCAGUUAUCACAAAAGAGGAGCUUAUUCACAAGAUAAUUGCUGGUCAUUCUGACAUUGUUGAUAGAAGAGAAGUUGAAGAGCAGCUCAAGUUGCUGCUUGAACUUGUUCCAGAAUGGAUCUCUGAGAAAUCAGCGUCUAGUGGGGACUUGCUCUUCUGUAUCAACAAGAUGUCAAGCGCUGAAAACAUACGCUCACGACUUGAAGAAGCAAAGUGACAGGAGAUCUUGAAAUUACUGUUGAAGCAAAGUUUAUUUUGUCCCCUUUUGUUGGGCUAAUCAUGAAUGUUCUAAUUUAACUUGUAUUUAGCCAAUGUUCAUAGCAAAGUUUAGGAAUCGAGAUGUCAGUAAAUGUUUACUAAUCUAACAGAAUUGCUAGAUGGUGAAAAGGCCAAUCCUUUUUGUAAUUGCAAAAUUUCUCACAUAAUUAUAUGCAAGCAUAUUAUGUAUGAUCCUUUAUUUUGCAAAAUAAGUGUUGGAGGGAUGAAAAUUGAUAA